CUACACAGCCUGAGGAGGACACUGAAGUUAACUAACUACAGGAUAACAUUUGCAUAAUAUAAGGAACUGUACAAACAAAGUUCUCAACUCUUUGUGUGCUCAGCCUCCAAAACAAGAGACAGCAGCAAGAUGUCUGGUGUAGAAGAUGCUUUCCGUAAAUUCGCAGUAUACGGUGACACAGCUGCCAGUGGCAAUGAGAUGACCGGGAAAAACUUUUCCAAGAUAUGCAAAGAGUGUGGGGUGAUGGAUGGAAAAGCCGUGACCAGCACUGAUGUCGACAUAGUAUUCAACAAAGUCAAGACCAAGGGUGCCCGCACCAUCACAUUUGCUGAGUUCCAGCAGGCCAUGAAGGAACUCUGUGGUAAGCGCUUCAAGGGCAAAACACCAGAGGAAGCACUGCAGGCUGUGUAUGGCCUCAUCGAGGGGAAGGAGCCAGGCAGUGCAGGCACCACGAAAGCCACCAAGGUUGGUGGGGUUGAGAGGCUGACGGACACUAGCAAAUACACCGGCAGUCACAAGGAGCGCUUUGAUGAGAGUGGCAAAGGGAAAGGUCUUGUUGGCCGCGAGGACCUGAGCGACAACAGCGGCUAUGUUGGUGGCUACAAGGGAGCAGGCACUUACGACAAGACACAUUAGGCAUGAAACUGCUUAGGAAAGCAAGGACUUUCUUCCCCUAUUACUUGGGAGGAGAGGCAAAUAAAUAUCUCAUGCAACUGG